GUGACCGGACGGCAGCAGAAGCUCCUCCGGUAGACCGACAGGCAGGCAGACAGUCAGACAGACAGAUGAUGAAGAUGAAGUUCUCCUCCUCGCUCCUCCUGCUGCUCCUCUCCUUCACCGCCUCCUUCAGCUGCUCCUCCGCCGCUCAGAGAGACUCCAAGCUCCGCCUGCUGCUGCACCGGACCCCGCUGAUGGGCUCCAAGCAGGACGUUUCUCGCUCCUCGCUGGCAGAACUUCUCCUCUCCGACCUGCUGCAGGUGGAGAACGAAGCUCUGGAGGAGGAGAACUUCCCUCUGGCUGGCGGAGAACCUGAAGACGUCCACAUGGACCUGGAGCGAGCCGCCGCCGGAGCCGGACCUCUCCUGGCUCCACGGGAGAGGAAGGCCGGCUGCAAGAACUUCUUCUGGAAGACCUUCACCUCCUGCUGAGCGCCGCCUUCAUCCUCAUCCUCCUCAUCCUCAGACGCUGUACAGAACCCGACUAGUUUGGAUGAAUCGUUUAGACUUUAAGCUGAUUCUUUCUGAAUGUAUGAAACUAUUUUUAAUUGUUGAAUAAAAUCAGUUUGAGACAAAAAAA